GUUGCUUCUUAUUCUCUUUCUUUGUCAGUUAAGGGUAGAGUUCCGUCGCUAUGGCAAGAACGAAGCAGACCGCCCGUAAGUCCACCGGUGGUAAAGCCCCGAGAAAGCAGCUUGCCACCAAGGCUGCCCGUAAGAGUGCCCCAGCCACCGGCGGCGUGAAGAAGCCUCAUCGUUACAGGCCUGGUACAGUAGCUCUGAGGGAGAUUCGUCGUUAUCAGAAGUCUACCGAGUUGCUGAUCCGCAAGCUGCCCUUCCAGCGCCUGGUGAGAGAAAUUGCUCAGGAUUUCAAGACCGAUCUCCGUUUCCAGAGCUCUGCCGUUAUGGCCUUGCAGGAGGCUAGCGAGGCAUACCUGGUGGGCUUGUUCGAGGAUACUAACUUGUGCGCAAUCCACGCCAAGAGAGUCACCAUCAUGCCCAAGGACAUCCAGUUGGCCCGCCGCAUUCGCGGAGAGCGUGCUUAAACUGAUCGCUCGGCGUCAUGUCCCAAACUACCCAAAGGCUCUUUUAAGAGCCACCUAAUCGUUUCGCUGCAAAAUGAGCAAAGUGGCCUUAGCAACGCUUGAAACUGAUGCGUCGUUGUUAUAACGUGUAUCUGACAUGUGUUUCUAGGUUACGCAAUCUAAAGUUGGUUUAGGAGUGGUUAAUUACAUAGCUGAGAAAGUAUGGCAACGGAGGGAUUUUUAUAUAGUAGGACUGGGCAAGAAAAAGGCCUUCGAUUAGAUUUCUAGAGACUACUUAUGGUGCACAUUGCAACAUUUUGGUUUUCCAGGGAGGUUUGUCAAUAUUAAAUUAUUGUAUCAGUUAAGAGGCGCUUUGAAAUGUGAAGUUGUGGCUGGAGCGAAAUUAAAUGAAAGUCAAAGUGAAGGGGUAUGGAUAGGAGAUGGGCAACCUGUACCAAUAGAUGUAGAAAUAAAAAAAUGAAAUUAAAAUAUUAGGUUUGAUGGUAUUAAAUGGUUCCAUUCAGAGGUACAAUUUAAAUUUCAUAUAUUUAAUGUAAAGUGGCGUUCAUUGUUAAUUUUAUAAUGCAUUAUUGUGGAAUUAUG